AUGUUUAUUUUAUUAUUGCUUUAUUCUAUAUAAGCAUCUUAGUAAGAAGCAUAAAUAUUUACUUAGAAAUUGAAUUCUACAACUUAUUAUGCAAUUAAGAAUUAACAAAAAACACUAUAUGAAGACCCAAACUGCUUUUAAAUCCUAUUAUGGAAAAGAAGUGAAUCUGAUCAUAAAGUUUAUUCCUACACAGAUAAUGAUUAUGAUUAAUUAAAUUUAGAAGAGAAAAAAAGGAAUGGAACCGCAGGAUGUAGAGCAUUAUAAAAAUCUUUUCCUAUUUAAUAAAUUUUGAGGAUGGGAUUGCCUGCUGAUGAAAAAAUAUUUUAUACUGAUUUAAUUGUCUUAUAAAACAGAGCUUUGAUUAUUAGGAAUGAUUUUACAUUGUAAGAGAUAAAUUUAUCUCCAGAUUAAUUCAUUAAAACAUUAUAAUAAAAAAAACUUUUAAUUAAAUAAACCUCUACUAGUCAUCCAAUAUUUUUAUAAAACCCUAUUAAUAAAAGAGUGUACAUAAUUUCAGAAAAUGGAGGUGUUAGUAUUCCAGAUUGGAUGUAUAUAUAGAGUAUAAUUAUUUAGUCCUUUAGAUUCAACAGUAUUUUUUGUAAAUGAAGAACCUUUUAAAAAAAGAUCAAUCAUUUAUGAUACUUUUUUAAAGAAUGAAAAAAUAUAUGUGGCUUGUGGAAAUGAAGGGAUUGAUAUUUAUGUCUAUAAAGAUGGGAUCCUAAAACAUGAGAAUGUUUAACUAAGAAUUGAUAAUAAACAUUUAGAUGCAGUUGAUAUUAGUGGAGAUGAUGAAAGUAAUAUGAUUUUUUUGAAUUUUAGAUUUAUAUAUAUUGGAUCAUAAUUAUGGGCUAUAUAUUUGUGAUUAUCAAUUUCAGAAAAAAUUUAUAGUGCCGAUAUUAAAGGGUAGUGAUUUUGGUCAUUAUAACAAUACUUUUUUUAUUAUAGCUGAAUCUAUUACUAGAUAAGAUUAUGCAGUUGAAGUCUUCUUAAAUUUAACAGAUAAUUCUUUUUUCAUAAAUCAUUAUUACUUUGAUGAUAUGUAAUUUUAUGAUGUAAAAGUAUAUGAAGAAUAUGCUAUUUUGAUAGGAUAUGAAGUUCAUAAAAUUAUACAGCAUACAAUUUAUUCUAAUUUUAUAAAAUACACCAGUAACAAUUAUUUUGAAUUUCCUUAACUAUUAUAACUAAAACAAUGGAACAAUUCAAUUGUUGGUUUAUCUAAAAAGUAAAUUAGAUUAUUGAAUUUAACAAUGAUACCAGCUCAUAUAGAAUGUGAAUCUUAAGAAAAAUUUUAAGAAUAUUAUUUAGUAGCAAGUUUUUUUUAGAAUCCAUAAACACCAUUUGAAGUAACUAAAGUGGAUCAAGUAUUCAAAAUAGUAAUAGAUGAUGUGGCAUUACUUUCAAAAGCAAACAUUAUCCUUUUAGGGAUUGCAUUUAUAAUAAUAUUUAUUAUUGUAUGGUUUUUAGUUAUAGGAUUGAUAUGUUAUAAAAAAUGCAAAGACAGAACUGAGAAAUUAGAAGAAAGCAAGAAGUUUUUGACUAAACAAUAUUAAACAGAUAGAGAAGAAGGGCCUGGUUAAGAAUUGUCAGCAUUAUGA